AUGAAUGUUUUUACAUUCUUUUUCUCAGCCUUAUGCUUUUGUAUCCUCACUGAAGCCACCAAAAGCCCAAGAGGUUUCAGCAUUGAUCUUAUUCACCAUGACUCACCACAGUCACCAUUUUACAACCCUUCAAUGACCCCAUAUGAACUCAUAAAAAAUGCUGCUUUGCGUUCCAUUUCAAGAUCAAAUAGAGUUUCCCUCUAUUCAAAUGAGUCCAUUAUGAUUCCAAACAGUGGUGAUUACCUAAUGAGAAUCUAUAUUGGUAGCCCUCCUUUGGAAAGGCUUGCUAUAGCAGACACAGGAAGUGAUCUUAUUUGGGUACAAUGUUCCCCUUGUGAGAAUUGUUUUCCCCAAGACACCCCAUUAUUUGAGCCUAACAAGUCUUCCACUUUCAAUGUUGUGUCAUGUGCAUCACAACCUUGCACACUACUCCCUGAGCUUCAACAUGAAUGUGGAUAUUCAGGUCAGUGUUUGUACUUUUACCAAUAUGGUGACAAAUCAUUCACUGCUGGAGUAUUGGGUGUUGAAUCCAUUAGUUUUGGUGAUUCCAAUGAUGGUAACAUAAAUAUGACAUUUCCAAAGUCUAUUUUUGGAUGUGGGGUUUACAAUAAAUUCACAUUUGAGACCAGUAAUAAAGCCACAGGACUUGUUGGUCUAGGAGCAGGGCCAUUGUCACUAGUUUCACAACUUGGUGAUGAAAUUGGUCACAAAUUCUCAUAUUGUCUAGUUCCUUUUUCAGAAACCACUAAUAGUAAAUUAAAAUUUGGGAGUGAAGCAACAAUAUCAGGAAAUGGGGUUGUGUCCACACCCCUUAUAUUGAAACCUUCUUCACCAGCAUUUUACUACCUUAAUCUUGAAGGCAUAACUAUUGGACAAAAAAUGGUGCAAACAGGUCAAACUGAUGGCAACAUAAUCAUUGAUUCAGGUACAACAUUGACAUAUCUUGAGACGUUUUUUUACAAUGAGUUUGUAAGUUCUGUGAAGGAAGUGAUUGGUGUUGAGGCAAUGCAAGAAGAACUUAUUCCAUCACCAUUUGAAUAUUGUUUUAGAGGAGGGGCUAAUAUUAAUUUCCCUGAUUUUGUGUUUCAUUUUACUGGGGCUGAUGUUGCACUGAGUCAUGGAAACAUGUUUCUUAAGGUUGAUGAGGAUAACAUGUUUUGCUUGGCUGUAGUACCAGCCCAUGGAAUUUACAUAUUUGGAAAUUUGGCACAGGUUAAUUUUCAAGUGGAGUAUGAUAUUGAAGGGAAAAAAGUUUCUUUUGCUCCUACUGAUUGUACCCAGAAUUAG